GAGGGUGGCGCAUGCGCGUUUAGCCGACGCCAUCUCUAAACUACUGUGCAUAAUACUUGUUGAAAGAUUUCGAUGACUUAAGUGUAUUUCGUGUAUGCUAAUUUGUGUUUAAAAACGUUUACCAUGGAUAAAUUACGUCGCGAGUGAGGUCAUGUGCUUGUUCUUAUAAUUUGAUGACUUUUAUAUUCCAAUCAGCACUGACGGCAGGAUCUCGAUCUUGCGGAAGUUUCUUAGCUAUAGCAACGCAUAUUUUUUGCGGCUAUCUCUACCGCGCUCCCGAUACUGCGAUUUCAUGAGCAUUUUCCAUCAAUUGUAUUAGUGGUAAUGUUAGAACUUUAUAAUUUUGGUUUUUAACGCGGGACAUUGUUGAAAGUGUUAUAAAACGGAUAGAAUUUACCUUGGCGGCGUUCUUGCGCGCGUACGCUUAUACAUAGAUACAAGUCGUAUUAUGUAUGAAUUAUUGUUUUGGGUCAAAGACAUCGUAGAGUUCUAAGUUGCAUCAACAACAGUGUAAAUACAGUCUUUAUGUUUCAGCUUUAACUACGGUGAAGCAAGUGAGUUUUAAGUUGAUAUGAACUCUGCUUUAAAACCAGUGUUGCCCCAACCUGGGGUUCCUCAAGCUGCCGGCCAGUCGAGUCCCGCUAAGGGGAAUGUUGCGACCGCCAACCACGCAGUAGGACUGCCCCAAGGCGCGCAAAACUCUCUGCAUCACGGAUCAAAUAACCUGGUUGGUCAGAACCUAGUGCAUCACGUCAUAGUGCCACAGCUUCCCUCACACGCAGCGCCCUCCAUGGCACCCGUGUCUGCUAACAUGGCUCAGAUGGCACAGAACAUGAGCCACCAUGGAAACUUAUCUCACGUUACACAAAACUCAGUGACCCCAGCGAAUAUCGCAGUUAGUCCAAGUAAAAGUGCUACUACUAGUUCUCCACUCAGCUUAGUCCAAGAGAGCAAAGCUACCCCAUCUCAGCCCUUAGCCUUAACCAGAACACCAGAGAAAAAGGAGCCGGAUUCGACAGGAACGGCGAAUGGUACAGUAGAGUCCCCGAAAUCAGGGUCAAGUGCACCAGUUGCAUUAAAGCCUCAAAACCCUGAACAGAAACAAGACAAGCAAGAUAUAGCUAAAACCUCACCAAGUACAACCAAACCACCUGAAAAGCCAGCCAGCACUCCACCGAAGCCUGAACCGUCAAAUCCAGUCAGCCAAACAGAUAGUCCGGUUCAACCUAAAGUAGCCACUGCCAAUGAACCACCAGAAAAGUCACCAUCAAAACCGACGGAAUUAAAAUCGUCACCAACAGCUGAUGUAGCACCAACACAGAGUGAUAGCAAACCUGUCCCUGAAUCAGCAAAUGAGAACCAGGCUCAAGAGAAACCUUCUACACCUCAGCCAGAAGUUGAGAGUGAAAGCGCAAAGGUUGAACCUGUUAAAGAAGAAAGCAAAGAAGAAGAAGUUGAGAAACCAGCUCCCGAAGUAGAGGAGAAACCAGAAAAGAAACCAGAGUCCCCCAAAGAACCAGAGGUAGAAAAAGCAGUAAAAGAUGAAAAGGUGGAAAACAAACCUGAUGCAAAGGCAAAUGCAGCUAAAACUGAGCCAAAAACAUCUAAACCAACACUAAAAUUGGCAACAGUGACGCCACCUAUGAGGAAAAGGAGGCAGGUUUCCGAGAAAGAAGCUACUCCAGCCAAAAAAGUAGCUGAAGGUGACAACACUCCAGACACAAGAACUAAGAGGAAUAGGACUAAGGUUCAGCUCUACCAGUCACCGACUCCUGAAAUAGCGAUGGCGACUAAACUAUCAGCUUCAGCUGGACGUUCCACACCGACAAAGCAGAACGAUGACAAACUCAUUGUAUUCUACAAAAACGAAUACUUGGCUGUACGUAAUGCAGAAGGAGGCUUCUAUGUGUGUCAGGCCGUGCAAAAUGUUUACCGGACGACGAGAAAAAUCAAAAUACGUUGGCUCUCACAGGACAAAUCUGAUUCCACUGGAGAGACGUACAAGCCGGAUUUUUAUGACGUUACUGACAUGGAGUGCGUAUUGACGACUUUAUCGCUGUCUCGUGCGAGCGGAGGAGCUCAAAUACUGAGGGCUGCGGAACGUGAAAGAGCUCAGUCUAUACUGCAGAGGGCGCUGGGGGCGGAGCGCGGGGACAACUGUCUGCUUCUCACUGAAGAACAUCCUGAUGGUUUGGACCUGUCAUUGUAUACGGACGAAUCGCAGUUGGAGAAGAAAUCGCGUAAAAGAAACAGCUCAAAAAGUUCCCCGAGUGACGCUACCGAGACUGCAAAGGAAGAGGCGACGCCUAGCAAAAAGGCGCGAACGAUGCCAAAACGCAGUCCGAAAAGCGUCCGCAAAGCGAAAUCCGCUCCAAAAACGCAAAAACGAAAAUCUUUAGGUAGUACGCCCACAGUGGCGACCUCUAGCAAGGUAGGCAUAGUACGACGGAUAUAUAGAAAUACCGCUACAGCUUUGAGUGAGAAAUCAAAGAAGACUCCUCCAAAGAGAACUACAGUGAAGCAGACGAAAAUAGAUACUCCGACUGCCACACCGAGAGGACGACGGGCUACUAAAGAGAACAAGGCGUCACCUAUAGUGCCAGUCCCAUCGACAUCAUCAGGCAAGACCGGCAGAUCUCGCCGUUUGCCGAAAUAACACGAACUCUGCCUCCGUGACAGCUGUCAAAACGGCCGUCACAACAGCUGUCAGCUCACGGAUGACAGCUGUCAGAGUACCGACGACAGCUGUCAAAGUACCGAUGACAGCUGCCAGUUUAGAGACUGCAGCUACCGAGAGACAAGUGACCGCUGUUCGCACAUAGACGAUGACAGCUAGUGAAUACUAAAUCUGCUGUCAUCCAACUGUAUUUGAUUGACGUCAAGGCUUUAGGUUCCAUUAAAUUGUCGAAAUUAUUUUUGUGUUAUCUGUGUCGCUAUAAAAAAUAUUUUCCUAAUAAUUAUUCAACCAGUCUCUCAAAACUAAAACUGUUUUAGUUAAAAUAAAAUUGGUAUUUGUAUGGUGAGCUAUUAAGUUUUAUGGAAUAUAAAUAGUGUCUGAAAUUUAUGAUGUAAUUCUAUUGUCUUGACGUGAAUAAUCACAGUUUAAUGUUAACGAAAGGACUGAAUGCUGCCACAACAUACUGCAAAGAAAGUUAUAUUUUUGUUAUGAUAUUUUAAUGGUGUUUCUGUAAAGUUUCCUUGAUUACUUUUUUUUUCAUUAUGUUAUACAGUUAAUUUGUGAGGACAGAAAGUUUUACCGGUUUAUUUUAUUCACUAACCACGAUCGUUCUGGAUGUUAAAGUAUUGCCAUAAUAAUAAAUUAGGCCCUUUUAUUGUGUUUUCCUUCAUGACUUUAUAUACAUGUGGUUUAAAUAACAAUAAUAGAGUACAUUUAUAUAUCUUUAUUGCACUGACGUUUUUAAAAGAUUCAUAGGAAGUUAUAUAUAUGAAAAUUAUUAAUUAUUGUCACCAAUAAAACGAUGUGUUAAAUUAUAAUAAGUGAAUACUGUACAUACCUUUUUUUUUUGUCUGUUGACUGCAUUUUGUGGCGAUAUAACUCGUUUACUUUUUUUUUAUAUAUAUUUUUCAUUACUGGUAACUUUUUUUAAAAAUGUUUAUAACGAAAAUUAUUGAAAUCAUUCUUAAAAUUAAGUAAAUUCUUAUAUAAGAAAUUAAUAAUUUGGAAACAACGAUAGCACAAGGUUCAUACAUUUAGUAUUUUAAUGAGAGUGAACAUUUUAUAUGGUUCCCGUUGUAAUAGUGAUAAAUAAGAAUUUAAUAAACUAGUAAGUCUUUGGUGUCCGUCAAUUUACAUUCAGUAGGAUUAUCAACUAUGACCUAAAAUGUGUCUUAUAUGUUGUUGCAAACUAGGAUUUGACAUCACAAAUACAUUAUGAAUUGUUUUAUGUAUUAACAAGCAAUGUAAAUAUAUAUAUAUAAAUAAUUAAAUACAUAUAUUAUCAUAUAUUUUGGAUGUUGGGACGACUCGAUUAUUGUCGUUCCAUCAUUCGGUGUUAGUGGGUUCGGGGUUUUUUCACCUCGUUCAUAAAAUAAGCAAUAGUUUAAUAAGUUUCAUUUUCUUUAUUUUGUAUAAGGUUAAUAAUAAAAAUUCUAAAAAAUUUAGUAAUAACGUUUUUAAUGGAUUGGAAAUUAUUGUAUAUUUAGUACAAAGCAUCGGAAAACGGUGACAGAAAUAUAUAUCAUCAGAUGUCGCUUGGUAAUACAUUAUUUUGAUAUGAAUUGUGGUUAUUUUUUAAAUCGGUAUAUUUAAAGCGCAUGUAUUUGACGAAUCAAAUUCUAAGUCUAUCUGUUCGGACCAAUCAUUUUAGUGGGGACACGUUUGUAUACCAAAUGAUUGUUUGGAAAUGUUCAUUGUUUAGUGAAAUGUAAUAGAAUUAUGUACACUAUGAGAGCAUGGGCGUGCGGUGGACGGGGCCCGGUGAACGUUUUGGACAUCGGACGACGCAGCUCUGUUUGUUGAAUCACUUGUAUUCGAUAAAUAUUAUUGGAAUACGCCAGACCGUACAUCUUGUUGAAUGUUUUCCGUACAAGGAUGAACUUGUUGUUGUGUCUAAGCUCGGUGAGCGUGUGUGUGUGCAAAUCUUAGGUGAUCUAAGUACCUUAAAUUUAGAUUGUAUUUUUAAAUAGUAUAAUUUCUAAAGAGAAUAUAAGUUUAGUAUGUAAAUUAUUGCGUGUGAAUUUUCUGUUUGGGGCGAGUGUUGACUGGUGUUCGGGUACAAUGCCGUACAUGUUUUAGCGUUUUAUACAAAGAUGUCAGUCGAGAUAACUAUUGUAACAGAAAGUCCACAGAUUUAUAUGCAAUUCAGAAAUAAAUAUAAAUAAUUUAAGCAAAAAAA